UUCCUGCUUUCUUCUUCUAUUUCAAUACCUCUUGUGGGAUCAGCCAUGAAUAAGCAUUGGAAUUAUUUGGUUCAGCAGGCAAAACAUCAACCAGCACCCAUUUCAAGGUAUAUUCCUAUAGCAACACCACACAAUUCAGCACAGGUAGAGGAGCUUUGGGGAGGGAGGGGGGGGUUUGCUUCCCCAGAAGACACUUUUUUUUUUUAAAUUCAAGUCAGUCUUCAGUGAUCCUAUGAUUCUAUACCCCAGCUGUAAAUAUACUAGAGUAUAUCCAACAGCUCUAAAAUAAAUACCAGAGUGUGAGGACAGAUUAAACUUUAUACCCCUAAGCAUAUACUGAAGCAUCACCUGAGAGCAUUUCUUAAUGGUCAAGAAACACAUCACAAGUCUGUAAGCUGUAGCACAGCUAGUAGCCAACAGCACCUUCUUACACUGUAAGGGAUGCUUCAGCCAGGACAAGUUCAUUUAUUUCAUUUAACUCGUAAAGCAGUUAGUGCCCUCACCACAUCCUGUUUAAAAAAGCCCCUCAGAACUAAAACAUACACAACUCCUCUUUUUGUUUGUGUUUUAUCUGCACUCAGUACAAUUCCCCAGCAAAACACUGAUCAAAGAAUACAGAGAAAUUUCAUAAGUCAAAUCCAAUACACACAGUACCAGUUAAGGUAUGUGGGGAAAAAAAAAAAAGAUAAGCAAAGGACUUAUUUUUCAGUAUAUUGGCCACAUCUAUUAACAUUUCAGACACAAAGUGCUGCAGCUAUUAUUUUCAUGUGCAUUCCUGUUGCUGACAGAUUUCUCACUUUUUCUCCCACAUGCAAUUUCAGAAUUGAGCUGCAGACCACACGGACAGGAAAAAAGCCACUGCCAGAGAGCCUGAAAAAGGAAGCUCAGCCAGCAAGAGGUCAUACUCUCCUCUUUCCAUCUCCAUGAAAACACUUGUUCUGUUUUUCUCUACAUGCACACACAUUCACUUCCCCUUUUCCUUAGAAACCCAAGUACUGCCUUACCUGCACUACAGCCCUGGAAUUCCCAGAGUGAAUUCACACAACAGUUUUAGAAGAACUUCUUUCAUUAAAUCAUUUGAGCUCAAAUGAUCUCUGCUUUCCCCUCACACCAGCACACACCUAUGUCCUGCACUGAAUUUCACCAGCACAUCUGUGCAGCUGCAAACUGUGCAAUUCCCCCAACAACCCUAAACAGUAACACAUUUCAAGUUAUUUUUCCAAUGAGCUUUUACCUUUUCAAAGCAACUUUCUGAAGGGAUAACCAAGAACAAGUCUGAAUGGAGUCUCAAAUCCCAAAUUCCUUGCUUCUGAUGAACUAACCAAUCAAUAGGAUAGGAAUGCUAACAGCUCAAAAGUCAGAAGCAUGACUAAAGACUCUACCACCCUAACUAUAAAUGGAAAAUGAACCGCUCCUUUUUCACAAACAAGGGUUUCAUUAAUACACUACUCCUGUAUUUUAGAAUAAGGAACACCACACUGCCUGCCUGCAGAAGUUGUCCACUUAUCAGCUCAAAGAGCCACAGGUAGGCAAGACACUUCUGCUCUGCAGUUGCUACUUUAAACACCUCUUGAGGAGACCAUCUCAAAGCCAGGUUGCAUUACUCAAAAAUUCAGACCUGCUUCUAUCAAACAGCCUAUUAAAAUCUCAUGAAAAUUCAUUAUGAGAAAUAUUUUUAUUAAGACAGAAUAAAAGAGGCCCUUUUCUUCUGAUUCUUUUACUAGUUCUGUACUACAUUAAUAGACAUUUGUCUUUUUCUUUCAACUUCUCAGGAAACUGGCACACUUAAGUUCAUGUGACCCAAGCAACCCCAUUCCCAAGGCAGUGCUCUUUCUUCUCCUGCACUCCCCCACUCCCAUCUGAAACCAACAAGAGAAAUACCACGUUCUCCUUUUUAAACUUCCCUACUGCCAUGUUUUCAUUACUGGUAUCACUCAAUAUCCCCAACAACUAUCAAUCUUACACUUAAAAAAAAGAAGUGCCUACUACACUAACUAUUCACUCAAGAUACUUACAUCAUUCAUUCAGAACAAAAGCAUAUGUUCAGUAUGAGCUACUGCCCAACACCUGGAGAGACUAAACCGCCUGAAGAUUUUGUAAAGGGUUUUAGCAUACAACAAACAAAACAGCCAGCAAAGAUCACUUUUGGAACCUGUACCAUUUUGCAGCUACUAACAGAGUAAAUGAACAGGGACACUACAGCUAGAUGAGGACGCUGGUCCAUGUCUCUCCUGUACUGAGGACUCCACAUUUGGAAACAUUACUCCAGCUGAGGCAUCAGCAGAGUUAAGAGGCAGAAUCACCUCCCUCCCCCCACUGGCCACACUUCCUUUGAUGCAGUCCAGGAUACAGUUGGUUUCUGGGUGCAACGGCACAUUGCUAGUUCAUGACCAGCAGUACCACCAAGUCCUUUUUGGCAUGGCUGUGUAAGCAUUCACAUCAUAAAAUCCUACCCAAAAUCCAAACACAGAGCAGGGUACUGCAGAUCCUCUCACUGACAUCCAACCAUACACUCCCUCCUUUAUUCCCCCAGGGCCCUCAAAAGACUGAGGAUUAAAACAAGUUACACUGAAAAGCAUAUUCAAACGGUUUCAAUCACCAUAUAUAACAACUCCAACACACACUGAAGAAAUAGACACCAUGACCACGUACACUCACUGCAAGAUUCAUUAUAAUAUAAUACAAACUUACUACUGAAGAUUACCUACUCUCUUAGCCCCAAAUCUUUGUGUUUCUACAGGCUAUGAAGUUGAAAGCUGUAAGAUCCACUAAAAGAAAUCUGUUAAACUGAGGACAGGUAACAUUUUGAGGUUUAAAAUCGUGUAUUUACCAAGACCAGACUCUGCAGUAGUUCAGCUGAAAUGUAAUGAUAACACAAGCCUCAGAGAUGCAAGAAAAGAAAUGGAUGAGUGGGUUUUCUAAAUAAUACAGAACACUUCCAAGUUUUAUUGUCCAUGUAACUUACACAGAAAAAAGUAAUCAGAUGGCGAUCUACAAUUUGGCAUUAAAGUUUAACUUCUUUAACACCAUCAAGUUUACCUGCAUCACUUUUUCUUUAUAGACAAUUCUUUAUGCUCUGAGCCACAAGCAAUAGAUGAGAGGAAAACAUUACAUGAGCAAAGGACAGUUAACUUCAGAGCAGUUAUGGGUGAAGUUCUUCACUUCUCACUCAAGGUGUUUACCAUGCUUAAACAAGCACAAGAGGAGGAAAAAAGGUUCUUCCCUCCUUUGGGCUAUACCGCAAUUCUUCUGCAGUUGGUCCAUCCUCCACUCCCACUCAGUAAAUUUACGAACGUUUGGAUUUUGUGUUGAGGGAUAUGGUUUAGUGAGAACUAUUGGUGACAGGUGAAUGGUUCGACUGGAUGAUCUUGUAGGUCUUUUACAACCUUGGUGUUUCUGGGAUCCAUCUUAACUGGAGAAAGAUGCAAAUAUCGUCAAGAUAAACAGAAACAAAGGAGAAAGCAUUGUAUGUUUUCAGGUAAGUUUAAGUAGACACUGUGAUAGUGGUCUUAACUAAUAUUGCAGCUCCCAUACCACAGAGCAGGGAAAUUUACCUCUAGCUUAUUUUCCAUACACCUAGUCCUGCUCCUCCCCCCCACCACUCCUGACUGCAGAUGCCAGCACUGAAGUUCAGGAAACCAAAAAGGCAAAGAGGUCACUCUGAGUCAAGGGCAGGAGAAAAGGGGAACAGGAGGGUCCACAAAAGCGGGUUUUAGAGCUACGUAGCUUCUUGGUUUUGACAAGAUCAAGCAAGGGCAAGAUGCAAGGACAACAGCAGGACUAUGUACUGUAUAUUUUCGGUGUCAAGUCACUAUCAGUGGUGAAACCGCACAAUAAAACCUCACCGUGGAACAGCCUGAAAGACUUUUGCCACGAAAUACAUCAGAGCAUUCUAAAACAAACUGCUCUGAUAACAACGCCAUUAGAAUCUCAUCCCUUCCCUGCUCUUGGCUCUCAGUAUCUCACCGAACCACAAACGAUGCAAAGCCACCAAGGGCACAGCAUGCAACAAAGCCCUCGGGAUGGGGGGAAAUCUCCUCCCUCAAGAUACCGAUACACCCCUCGUGUAGAUGCGGAUAACUGCCCUCGCUCCCGCUUCCCUGCGGGAAUUCAGAGGAAGGGCCGCACUCAGCGCUCGGGCACCCAUCUCAGCUCUCCCCCACACGUUUUACCCAUUUUGGCCACAGAGAAACGCGGUGGCUCCCCUCCGUUCGUCGGCUCGAACGUGCCCUCUACAGAUAGUUCCGGAGCAAGGCUUCGGAAAACCCGAGAGCUCACCUCAAGCCGCGUUUUAUUACCAAUUCCUUCACCCUACGCCUUCGCAACGGUUCCAGAAGGGUCCGCUUCGCCCCGCCACCUCCGCCUCCCCCCAGCGGGCCCUAUGCGGAGCGAGCAGGCGGCUCGAGGGCACCUGCGCCGCACGCGGCCCCACCGCAGGCCCGCUGGGGCGAGAGGAGGCCGCGCUGAGCCCGCUGCGAGAUAAGGCCGCAGGGUGCCUGCACGGGGCCCAGCGCCGAGGAGGGGGCCCGACCCCCAUGGGUGAGAAAGGCCGAAGCUCGGGGAGAGGCCCCCGCCGUGCCGUUACCUGUGGCGCCGAGCAUGAAGUCCAGGGUGCUGUGCCGCGCUGCUGCCAUAGUGAGGAAUCUGCAGAAACGAGAUCUAAUGUGAACAAUACGACGGUAUCAGUGAUCUCCUGGCAUUCUGCAGCUUGAAGAAUAAAAAGUUUUACAAGAAA